AUGGAACUACUUCGCUCGGCCGACUUCUCAGCGUACGUCCGUGACCGCAUCCGCCGAGACCAUGUACCGGGUCUCGCCAUCGCGCUCGUUCGAGACGACAUGAUCGAAUCUGUGGCCUUCGGAAAAGCGGCCCUGGAGCCUUCCCGGGAUUGCACGCCCGACAGCCUCUUCGACAUAGCGUCGGCCUCCAAGUCGCUGACGGCAGCCGCCGUCGCCAUGCUUGUGAGCGAUGACCGCUAUCCUCUUGUCCGGUACGAUGCUGCCAUGUCAAGCCUCCUUCCGGGCGACUUUGUCAUGCCCGGGACGGAUCAUGGCCACGUGACGGUCGAUGAUGUGCUAGGCCAUCGAACCGGAAUGCCCGCUCACGACUCGUCGUAUUUUGGCCCCCAAGCCGCACAGCCGGAUGAUGCAAGGACCAUCACGCGAAACCUUCGAAACCUUGCCUUGGUGGCGCCCAACCGAACGCAAUACAUGUACAACAACAUGAUGUACACGGCCGCAAGCUACAUGGUCGAGCAGGUUACCGCCUGUCCUUUCUCCGCCUUUCUCCGUGACAAUAUCUUUCGGCCACUUGGCAUGAAUUCGACCCGUCUGCAUCCGACGCAAGCCCGCGCCGAAGCUCUCAGCCACCUCAUCGUCGACGGUCACUGCUGGGACCCUGAAGCAAAGCGGUACUUGGUCGUCCCGUUUGCCGACGCCCCCGAGGCACAGGGCGCGGGAAAAGUGUUGACAAGCGUAAAUGACUAUGCCAAAUGGGUCAAGGCUGUGAUGAACAGGCAAGCGCCCGUCACCGAGGACAUGUACGCGGAAUUGUUGAGGAAACGAAUCUCGCAGGAAGCUCCGGGAGAUCCCGCUUCCGCUUCGUCCUACUACGCCGCUGGCUGGCAGGUUCGCCAUUGCGGCACUCACAAGUUGAUCUGGCAUGAGGGAUCAGAUGACGGCUUUCGAUCAACCCACUUCUUCGUUCCCGAAUUCAGCUUCGGCGGUGUCAUCCUCACCAACUCGGAAACCUCGGGCGACCUUAUUGACUCGCUGACUAACCAAUUCGUCGAGUCUGUCGUCGAGCUAUCUUCCGGCUCUCCAGCACGGCCAUGGACAAACCCGACCCUGGACGAGUCAGAUUCGGAAUCCCAAGCGCACACUGACGAUCGCAGCGACGCUGAAUCCAGCUCAAGCUUCGAGGAAGAAUUGCGACAAGAGCUGUGUCCCGGCAUCGGCACGGAUGUCCUGCCUCAGGAAUUGCCCCUCAGCGUUUACAAAGGGGAGUAUUGGAAUCCUGGAUACCGGCACUUUCAGGUGGGAGAAAAGGGCGGCGUGCUGUUUGUCGACGCAAACGAUCGCUCCAUGGCCUUUUGUCUGACCUUUGAACACAUUUGUGACCAGACAAAGUAUAUUGCAUACAUGAAAGCGGGAACGGAGAGAAAGGGGAUUCCCACCAAGGCUGAAUUUAUUCUCGAGAAUGGCAUUGCCGUCAGGUUAGGUCUUCAGUUGGAGGAAUUUUUGAAAGAGUAUAUAUGGUUUGAUCGAGUCAACAAAUAG